GCGGGGUCCGCGCGGGGCAGCGACUGAGACGCGGGUGCUGAACCGGGAGGUGGCACUGGUCAAGGCGUGCGGCGGCCAGCGAUGAAGCCGCCUAUUUCAAUACAAGCAAGUGAGUUUGACUCCUCAGAUGAAGAGCCUAUUGAAGAUGAACAGACUCCAAUUCAGAUAUCAUGGCUACCUCUGUCACAAGUGAAUUGUUCUCAGUUUCUUGGUUUAUGUGCUCUGCCAGGUUGUAAAUUUAAAGAUGUUAGAAGAAAUAUUCAAAAAGAUACAGAAGAACUAAAGAGCUAUGGUAUACAAGACAUAUUUGUUUUCUGCACCAGAGGGGAACUGUCAAAAUAUAGAGUCCCAAACCUCUUGGACCUCUACCAGCAGUAUGGAAUUACAACUCAUCACCAUCCAAUCCCAGAUGGAGGGACUCCUGACAUAGCCAGCUGCUGUGAUAUAAUGGAGGAGCUUGCAAUCUGUCUCAAGAAUAACCGAAAAACCUUAAUACACUGUUAUGGAGGACUUGGGAGAUCUUGUCUUGCUGCUUGUCUCCUUCUAUACCUAUCUGACACUGUGUCACCUCAGCAAGCCAUAGACAGCCUGAGAGAUGUAAGAGGAUCUGGGGCAAUACAGACCAUAAAGCAAUAUAAUUAUCUUCAUGACUUCCGGGAUAAACUAGCUGCAUAUCUAUCAUCAAGAGAKUCACUAUCAAGAUCUGUGUCAAGAUAAAGAGUUUCAAAUAGCAUAUAUGUAUAUGUGACCAUGUCUGAAAUUUGAGUUCUCUAGCAUCAUYUGUGUUGAAACCAAACUACUAGUGUUAUCCACUUCAAUGUAAAUGUAUAUAUGCAGAUAUCCCUAAAACUUUAUUGACAAAAUUGUCUCUUUCACUCAUAACACACAGACAGGAAAUUUGGUAUAGUUUUCCUUUUAGAAAUACACUGGCUGCUCUGGUAUAUUUUUACCUAUGCUGGGAAAAAAAUACAUGCAAAUUUGUAUUAUUUACAUGUCUGUCUCAUUUUUCUACCGGUUACUAUGAGUUGGCAUAUGGCAUUGGAAGUAUGAAGUUUUUAUAUGAGUACCCACGCUGAACUUUCACUCUCUAUUCCUCCUGAAAUUCUUCCAUUAGUUUUUCUACUUCAUAGAUUUCUAGCAUUGUAAGAGAUCUCCCAGCACUGGAUCAAUCAAAACAGGUAUUUAUCCAACAUCUGUUGGGAUUUUUUCAGAGAUAAGGAAUUCAUUGGUUCAGACAGUUGCUCCAUUUUUACAGCAUUCAUUUUUCCACCCUAAAAACUACACAGAAUGAAUUUUAGUCUUCCUUUCAUUUUCACAAAGUAUUUGGCUACAGAUUAAUAAUCUCUCAUUCUCCCAUUCCUUCACCUCACUGCAUACUACUGAAAUAUUUUGUCUUUAAAUGAGCUACCCGAUACAAUCAUUUGGGCCAUAAACAAGAAUCAUUUGGGUCAAAGCCACCUCUUUCCACAGAUAUUGAUGGUUUCAGUACCACACCCAUACAUAGGUCCAUGGCUUUUUUGGCUACUGGAGAUCAUAAAAGUGAAUCAAUGGUCAUUGGCUAUUACCAACAGACUGCAAACUCAUAGGCAGUUCUACAGGAGACAGUUUCAUCACAUCAAAAUUUAAAUAAUCAUAAGGUGCCCCAAAGUUUUCCUUUGUCUCACACUCUUCUUGCUGAUGAAAUACUUGAAUUUCAUUAAGAAAAACUCCACAACAAUUACCAGCGCUGUUUGUGAACUUCAGACAAGAGCACCAGUAUGUUCUAYAAUACAAAAUCAAUAUUUUAAUACUUUUAUAUAUGUGCUGCUGCUAGAACUUAAUAUUUUAUUAAGAAUACUAAGCAAGAUGGGUGUUCCAGAUAUUCCACCAGUAUUUAAUCUUUAACUUAGAUUUCUUAUCGGAUCAUAAAUGCCAAAAGUUAUAGCUAAUGCAGUUGUUGUUUAUUKACUUGUUUGUUUGCUUAGGAGUAUAGGUUGCAACAACAGACUAGCCUUCAUUAUUUCUGUAUUACAACCAAGUACAAUUUAAAAUCACAAUACCUGUAAAACUUUAGACUAAAACUGACAUUUACAAAUCUAACAUUACCAAUYUCCUCAUAUAAAUACAGAGCUUACUCAUGAAUACUAGGGAAAAUAUUGGCAUGGAUUAAUCAAAUCUUUUAAUAAUCAAUUGAAUUUUCAAAGUGCAUGCAUCUUAAUUUCCAUAACUGCAUAWUAAACCUUCUGUAUUCAAAAUGCUUGACUAAAUUGUUUUAAUGCCAAGUAUAUAAGAAAACAUCAAUUAUUCCAUAGCAAGGAAACAAGGCAUGACACUAUUCUGAA